CACAGCAGACACACCAGGUUGCAGAACUCUUAGCAAUCCCCACUACCAGAUACCACCAUUGCCCACAUCUCCCAACGAGGCCCUAUGAGCAGACCGAGAAGCCAUGUCUCUUGUCUGAGUAUGCAGAAAAAUACCCGCUCUACCCCGGUAUUCAACCCAGGGAAUCAUGUAAACCCAAAGCAGAAUAUAUUAAGCAGCCAGUGCUCAUGGAAGGCAUGACAACUGCCAGGAGAGAUUAUGUCCCUCAUGAUGUGAAACCUAUAAAACUGAGACCUCCAGACCAAUAUGUUAGGAAUAAUGAAAAUAUGGACACAUUGUCCACGUACAAGCAAGACUACAAUGCUUACCCCAUUAAUCGGGUGGCUCCUUGUUUGCCUGAGGGACAAAACUAUGCCUCUGAUGAGAAGAUGACCACAAUACCUACAUACAAAGGCGAUUACGUGGCAUGGAAUCAGCCAAAAAGGGAAAUGAUUAAGCCAGACACAGCUUACCAUCCAUCAGAUGCAAAAUUUGAUCACCGAACUACUAGCCAGGAUGCUUAUCCUUACAAGGGGCCAGUAGUUACCAAGAGCUACAAACCUUUUCAGGCACCCCACAUCUCCAAGAUUCCCUUGGAAGAUAUGACAAACUAUAAGUUGAGCUACGUACAACAUCCUUUGGCAAAACGUCAUGUCCACGAAUAUACGCCGUUCAAGCCCAGUGAUGCCCCAUUUGACGGUCUCACCACACACAACCUGUCUUACAAAGGGUUGGCAGGAGAGCCUGCUAAGUCUUUGAAGCCAUCUCAUAAGUUGCCAGAGCAAGACAAUCCCUUUGUUGGCACUACUGAAUUUCAGGAAAAGUUCCAAGCAUGGCCAGCUCCUCCCCGCUUUUCCAAAAAACGCGAUGUCUAUGUACCACCCAAUAUCAAGAUGGAUCUCAAGACAUCUGCACAGAUUCAUUAUGGAAAUCCUCACGGCCAGCCAGCAACAUCAUGUAAACCUUUGGCCCGUGUUCAACAAAACAUAGAUCCUUUCGACUACAGAUCUACCAUGAAAGAUGAUUACCAGCCUUGGCAGUAUGCAAAACCAAAUGCCAUUUUCCCUAAAUCAACUAUCACGUUGCCAGUUGAACCCAUGGACACUCUGACUACUUUUCAGGCCCAUUAUGUGCCUCAUCCUCUUCAUGUCACUAAAAGCUUCAGACCCCGUUUACCCGGCCCUAAGCCACUUGCACCAUUUGCCCAGGAAACCACAUAUGCCACAAGCUAUACCCCAAAGAAACCAGUCCUGUGCCCUGCAGCUUUCAAAGAGCCGCCUGGUUAUGUAUUUGAAAAGGUUGAUGAAGGUGGCCACAGACGGUUCCGUCCUGCUUCCAUGGCCCAAUCCUGAUGUCUCUCAAAGUCAAAGAUAGCGUAUUGCAGAAGCAGCCUUUCUCAUGGGGAACUAAAACAAGUUCCCAAGAACAAGCAUUGGAAGGCUGAUCUUUUUAACCUGCCUUAAAAUAGUUGAUUUUUAUUCCUUGAUGAAUGCUAUUAAUAUUAAUAUUAAAACCCAUUUGUUUGGGAGCAAUGCCUGCUGGUAAAGCUGAAUAAAUAACUGAUA